AUGACGAAGCCACAAAUUGACCAUGCGCCUACAUUUGUCGACCGUUGGUCUCUUCGUGAUCAACAUGACAACAGCGAGUGGCUCGUCGGCGUGACUCAUCGUACCGAGAACAGCUCCCAGCAGUUGCACCCCACGGUGCGGGAAUUCGGCGACCUCAUCGAGAACCGGCCGCAUCUCAGGAUGCUCUUUGCGCUCAUGUCUCAGGACGUUCCUCAGGGUCCCCGCUACCUCCACGAUCUUAGUGGACGGCCCCAGAUCCGAGACUAUCGCCACAUGCUGCGCGCCGGAAUCCCACUGAGCGCCCUGCUAAAUUGGCCGAUGGGGACGCAGAGUGGAUUUGCGGCCUUACUGGAUCCCGAGGUAAAUGCCAUGAUCAAGAAAAUCCUGGGCACCUGGGGCGAAAACCUGCAGUCCCCGGACUCGAUCCAUGUCCUUGGCAGUGCUCCCACCGACUGGUUCGGACCGACGGGUCUCGCCGACCUGACUGAAGUCGCGAACAUCGGACACACGAACUAUGCUUUUGACGAAAUUCUUAUCGCCAACGGCACAGUACCGUACCGCGGCUUUCAGCCCUGGGACGAUUUCUUCAUCCGGUCCUUCCGCGAGGGCAUCCGUCCCGUCGCGGGCAAUGACAGCGUGAUCGCGAAUGCCUGCGAGUCGAAGCCCUAUAAGGUGCAGCACAACGCGAGCGCCCACGAUCAAUUCUGGGUCAAGGAACGGCCAUAUUCGAUUGUGGAUAUGCUGGGUGGCAAUCCGCUCUCCGAGAAGUUCAUCGGGGGCACAGUCUACCAAGCCUUCUUGAGCUCCCUGAACUACCAUCGCUGGCACGCGCCGGUCUCAGGCCGCAUCAUGAAAGCAUUCACGUUGAAUGGGACCUACUACUCGGAGCCCCUCAUCGUCGAUCUCGCCGCGCAGGAGCAAAGCCAUGACUAUCUCGACGAACUGAACCCGAUUGCCGCGCAGCCGUACCUCACCUCGGUGGCCACCCGCGCGGUGAUCUUCAUCGAAGCGGAUAACCCGGCCAUCGGAACGGUGGCGUUCAUUGGCGUCGGGAUGGCAGAGGUGUCCACUUGUGACAUUACAGUCAAGGAUGGCGACCAUGUCCACAAGGGUGACGAGUUGGGGAUGUUUCACUACGGGGGGUCGACUCACUGCCUUCUGUUCCAGAAGGGCGUCAACGUGACACGAUUUCCUGCGACAGGUCAGGCUUACAAUGUACCGGUCCGGGGUCACUUGGCGACUAUUGGUUGA